AUGUACGUUGUCAAGCGCGACGGCCGGAAGGAGGCCGUGCACUUCGAUAAGAUCACCGCUCGAUUGAAGAAGCUCAGCUACGGUCUCAGCACGGAAUUCUGCGAUCCCGUCUUAGUGGCUCAGAAGGUGUGCAUGGGCGUGUACAAGGGUGUGACUACAGCGCAGCUCGAUGAGCUGGCAGCUGAAACCGCAGCGGGAAUGACGGCCACCCACCCAGACUACGCUCUUCUGGCUGCGCGUAUUGCAGUCUCCAACCUGCACAAGAAGACAAAGAAGUCGUUCUCUGAAACGGUGAAGGACAUGUACGCGCAUGUGAACCAGGAGUCAGGGCUUCCCGCACCCUUGAUCGCAGAUGACGUCUACGAGAUUAUCAUGAAGCAUGCGGAGAGGCUAGACAGCGAGGUCAUAUACGACCGGGACUUUGACUAUGACUACUUUGGCUUUAAGACCCUCGAGCGCUCCUACCUGCUCAAGGUGAACGGGAAGGUUGUUGAGCGACCGCAGCACAUGCUGAUGCGAGUGGCGGUGGGGAUUCACAAGGCGGACAUAGAGGCAGCCGUGCAGACCUACCACCUCAUGUCGCAGCGAUGGUUCACACAUGCAUCCCCCACGCUCUUCAACAGUGGCACCCCGAGGCCUCAGCUGAGCAGCUGCUUCCUGGUGUGUAUGAAGGAGGACAGCAUCGAGGGCAUCUACGACACGCUCAAGGAGUGCGCAGUGAUCAGCAAGUCGGCGGGCGGCAUAGGCUUGUCCGCACACUGCAUACGAGCCAAAGGGAGCUACAUCAGAGGGACGAAUGGCAUGUCGAACGGGAUAGUGCCGAUGCUAAGAGUGUUCAAUGACACAGCGCGAUACGUGGACCAGGGCGGAGGCAAGCGCAAAGGCGCCUUUGCCAUCUACAUCGAGCCGUGGCAUUCGGAUGUGUUUGACUUCCUUGACUUCCUUGACCUGAGGAAGAACCAAACUUGUUUUUAUUGCAUGCCACGAUUUUCCCAUUCAGGCGCCUUUGCCAUCUACAUCGAGCCAUGGCAUUCGGAUGUGUUUGACUUCCUUGACCUGAGGAAGAACCACGGCAAGGAGGAGAACAGAGCAAGAGAUCUCUUCUAUGGGCUGUGGAUCCCCGACCUCUUUAUGCAACGUGUGCAGUCCAACAUGCCUUGGUCGCUCUUCUGCCCCAACGAGGCUCCUGGUCUGGCGGACUGCUGGGGGGAGGAGUUUGAGGCGCUGUACCUCAGAUACGAGCGGGAGGGCCGAGCCAAGCGCGUGAUACCGUCACAGAAGCUGUGGUUUGCAAUUUGUGAGGCACAGAUUGAGACGGGCAACCCGUACAUGCUGUUCAAGGACGCGUGCAACCGCAAGUCGAACCAGCAGAAUCUGGGUACCAUCAAGUGCAGCAACCUGUGCACGGAGAUCGUUGAGUUCACAAGCCCUGAAGAGACUGCUGUGUGCAACCUUGUCUCGAUCGCCCUUCCUCGAUUCGUGCGAGAGAAGGGUGUGCCGUCUGAAGCCCAUCCAUCCAAGCUGACUGGAAGCCUCAACCACGACCAGCGAUUCUUUGACUUUGAGAAGCUGGGCGAGAUCACAGAGGUUGUGACACGCAAUCUCAACAGAGUCAUCGACGUCAACUACUAUCCCACCGAGUCAGCCCGUCGCUCCAACAUGCGCCACCGGCCCAUCGGCCUCGGCGUGCAGGGGCUGGCAGAUGCAUUCAUUCUUCUUGGCAUGCCCUUUGACUCGCCUCAGGCCCGACAACUGAACCGGGAUAUUUUUGAGACCAUCUACUACCACGCGCUCCGCACGUCGUGCCAGCUGGCAAAGGAGGAAGGCACGUACGAGUCGUACCCCGGCUGCCCUGUCAGCAAGGGUAUCUUGCAACCAGACAUGUGGGGAGUGACUCCUUCACUGGUGCUGGGCAGCACUGCGGGCCGACAUAGCGGCUCACAGGGUGAUGGAGCAACUCCUUUUCUAUCCCCUUCUCCCCCAAUUGCCCUCACACCCCCCAGGGGAGUGUUGCAACCGGACAUGUGGGGAGUGACCCCUUCAGACCGCUGGGACUGGGCAGCACUGAGAGCCGACAUAGCGGCUCACGGGCUAAGGAACUCCCUGCUGGUGGCACCCAUGCCUACAGCUUCCACGAGCCAAAUUUUGGGGAACAACGAGUGUUUCGAGCCGUACACCUCCAACAUCUACUCGAGACGAGUGCUGAGUGGCGAGUUUGUGGUGGUGAACAAGCAUUUACUCAACGACUUGACACAUCUGGGCCUGUGGUCGCCUGACCUGAAGAAUGAGAUCAUGUACCGCAACGGGUCUGUGGAGGGGAUAGACGAGAUUCCACAGCGCCUGAGAGACAUCUACAAGACGGUGUGGGAGAUGAAGCAGAGGGCGAUAGUGGACAUGGCAGCAGACAGAGGGGCGUUCAUUGAUCAGAGCCAGUCGCUUAACAUCCACAUGGAUGCUCCCACCUUCGGCAAGCUCACAUCCUUGCACUUCUACACGUGGGGCAAGGGAUUGAAGACGGGCAUGUACUAUUUGAGAACGAGGGGAGCUGCAGAUGCCAUCAAGUUCACAGUCGACGCAGAAGCUGCCAAAAGGAGUCAGGAGAGGAGGGUGAAGGAGGCAGAGAUGCAAGCCAGGCUCGCAGAGAUGACGUGCUCCUUGGAGAACAGAGAUGGCUGCAUUUCAUGCGGCAGUUGA